AUGCAUAUACACAGGGAUCAUUGCAACUUCUUCAAAAUUCCCCAGGUUCUCCACGCUCUCGCCCACUACAAUGCCAGACACCCUGGUGGCGAGUUCGAUGCUGUGAAGCCCCUGAAGCAGAGUCGCGUGGGAUUCCGGGGCCAGGCAUGGUUCCAUAUCAACUUCUGGGCUCGCCCCCGCAGCAGCAGCAGUAAUAACAAGACAAUCAAGCGCUUCUUUGCUGAGGUGCACUACAAGCCAACCUCGAUCAGUAGCCCCUCAUCGUCUUCGUCAUCACUUGCAAUAACUGCAGUUCCUAUAGUUGAAAUAUGCAUCAUUAUCGAGGAACCUCUAUCCCAAUAUAGGCGUAGCUGUGCCUUUUGUCCCAGCUACCGGGACAUUUUACACCCUAAGGGCUGCCGUAAGUUCGUCUGUGGAAAUGACAAGGACCUGUUUGAACAGCGAUUGGACCCUUGCUGCUGCACUGGUAUGGGGAUUGGGAAGAUGCCAUUCACUGCCCGCCCAGACAUGUCUGCUUUUCUCAACAUCAGUCCUAAGUAGGAAGAAGAAGACAAGAAGAGAGUCCGGGGGUUCAAUGUCAAGGCUGACCGGGGUCCUUCAUGCCUCCUCUCGUAUCUUUAACUUCAAGACCAUGCAUGUCCAUCAUGUGCACAUAUGUAUGGAGUGGAGUAUAUAACUAGCUAAGCAGUGAGAUUGAAUGAAGAAUAAAUAUACUUUACUAGGUGUUGUUUUCAGAAGGAACAAUUUUGGGUCGAAUUCCCACAGUUAGGGAUAUGGUGAUGGUGUGAUAAGCCACAUAUUGAUGUACUAUGCAUUUUGAUCAGAUCUGUACGGUGUGGUUCACCUGAAUUAUUUGCUAAUUUGUCAGUCAGAUUUUUCAUCGGUCCGAUUUGUAAUUAUCAAGCAAGAUUUAUUAGGCCUAUCUAAGUCAUCUAUUGUUAUCUGGUUGCAAUUGGCUCAGUUCAGUGUCGGGCCUCCUUGUGUGUGGACAGGUUACCGGGCUUGUGUUUAUA